CAGACCCACUUUGGACGCUAUGAUCAGCCCGUCAACCACUUUACGCGCCUGACGCGUCUCCCCAGAAACUUCACUUUCCACGGCAGCUCCGACACCCUAAUCACGAGCUGAAUACCGACCGCAAACAUGGCCCUCAUUGUCGACAAGCACCGUCCACGCUCCCUCGAAGCCCUCACAUACCACCCUGAGCUGUCCGAUCGGUUACAGUCGCUUGCACAAAGCGGCGACUUUCCGCAUCUCCUCGUCUACGGCCCGUCUGGCGCGGGGAAGAAGACGCGCAUCGUCGCCACGCUCAAGGAGCUGUACGGGCCGGGCGUGGAGAAGAUCAAGAUCGACGCGCGGGUGUUCCAGACGACGAGCAACCGCAAGCUCGAGUUCAACAUUGUGGCAUCCAACUACCACCUCGAGAUCACACCCUCGGACGUGGGCAACUAUGACCGCGUCGUCGUGCAGGACCUGCUCAAGGAGGUGGCGCAGACGCAGCAGGUGGACCAGUCGGCGCGGCAAAAGUUCAAGGUGGUGGUGAUCAACGAGGCGGACCACCUGACGCGCGACGCGCAGGCGGCGCUGCGCCGGACCAUGGAGAAGUACUCGCCCAACCUGCGGCUGAUCCUGCUGGCCAAUUCGACGGCCAAUAUCAUUGCGCCGAUUCGGUCGAGGACGCUGCUGGUCCGGGUGGCGGCGCCGACGCACGAGGAGAUUUGCGACGUGCUGGCCGUGUCGGCCAAGAAGCUUGGCUGGCCCGUGGUGACGGAGCUGAAUAUGCGGAUCGCCAGGGAGAGUGGGAGGAAUCUACGAAGAGCGCUGCUCAUGUACGAGGCUGUGCACGCACAAAAUGAGAAAGUGACGGAAAAAACACCAAUCCCUCCGGCCGACUGGGAGGCGCUCAUAGGGCAGGUCGCCAGGGAGAUCAUCGAGGAGCACUCGCCCGCGCGCAUCAUGCAGGUCCGGGCGAAGCUGUACGAUCUCCUGACACACUGCAUACCGGCGACGACAAUCCUCAAGACCCUGACGUUCAAGCUGCUGCCGAUGAUUGACGACACACUCAAGGGCGAGGUGAUACAGUGGUCGGCGUUCUACGAGCACAGGAUCAAGACGGGGACCAAGGUGAUUUUCCACCUGGAAGCGUUUGUGGCCAAGUUCAUGAGGGUGUACGAGAUGUACCUGAUGAGCAUGGACAUGUGAGCGGCGGCUGUCAUCAUCAUCAAUGGAUUGGCGUAUGGCGUGCAGAACGAGGUCUGUAUUAGCUCACUUUGGGGCAACGUCACAACCACUUAUGAGCUGGCGACGUCCUGCCAAGGGUUCAUCCCAAUUUUAAAGUUACAGCAUUACGGAGUAGACCCAUCGAUCUCAGCAGGGUUUAUUCAAACGUGCAUCAGGCAGAAAUUAAAGUCUGAAGAAUGAUGAAUCCACAGGAUCGGAGGGCAUCGACCAGUUGCGAGGCCCAAGCCAGAACGAUGUCAUGAAUGAGCGCCGAUCUCCCCAAAUGCGGGGGACUGAGGGGA